AGCCUCUUUUAUAUAAAUACCUCUCUUUUCUUCCUCGGUUCUGCAAUAUCAUCCAAAGACCAUCUCAUAGCUUCAGCGUUUUCCUCGUAUACCUCGCAGCUUCCAUGGAACACUCUCCAUCUCUCACUCCCAAGCCACCUACGGUGGUCAUGAUUCCCAGCCCAGGCAUGGGCCAUCUCAUUCCCAUGAUAGAAUUCGCCAAACGACUCGUCGUUCACGGCCUCGCCGUCGCCUUCGUCAUCCCCCUGGACGGCCCUCCCUCCAAGCCCCAGAAAACCGUCUUCCGCGGCCUUCCGUCUUCCAUCACCCACACCUUUCUUCCUCCUGUCUCCCUCCCCGACCUCCCGGACGGUACCAAGAUCGAAACGAUCAUCUCCCUCGUCGUUGUCCGCUCCCUCCCUUCUCUCCGCGACGCCUUCCGCUCGCUCUCUGCAGCUCAUCGCCUCACCGCGGCCACCGUCGACCUCUUUGGCACCGACGCAUUCGAAGUCGCCCGAGAAUUCGGUGUCUCUCCUUUUCUCUUCUUCCCAUCUACCACCAUGGCCCUGUCCUUGUUCCUCCACCUUCCUAAAUUAGACGAAGCGGUUCAAUGCGAGUACAGGGAGCUCGAUGAACCGGUGAGAAUCCCCGGGUGCAUCCCCGUUCACGGAAGAGAUCUCCUGGACCCGGUUCAGGACAGGAAGAACGAUGCCUACAAAUGGCUCCUCCACCACAGCAAAAGGUACCACCUGGCGGAGGGGAUCAUAGAAAACAGCUUCACGGAGCUCGAACCGGGGGCCAUAAAGACCCUCCAAAAGAACGAACCGGGUUCCCAUAGGCCUCCGCUUUACCCAAUCGGACCGCUGGUGAACAUGGGCAAUGCUCAGAGUCAAAUCGAGGGGUGCGACUGUCUGAAAUGGCUAGACGAGCAGCCACACGGCAGCGUCCUAUUCGUCUCCUUCGGCAGCGGUGGGACCCUCUCGACGGCUCAAAUCAACGAGCUCGCCCUGGGGCUAGAAAUGAGCGAGCAGAGGUUCUUGUGGGUAGUGAGAAGCCCCAACGACGCAACCACAAACGCGAAUUUCUUCAACGCGGAGAGCCAAACAGACCCUUGCGGCUUCCUGCCCAAAGGGUUCGUGGGAAGAACCAAAGGGCGAGGCUUCGUGGUGCCGUCGUGGGCCCCCCAGGCACAAGUCCUCGGACACGGCUCCACCGGUGGGUUCUUGACCCACUGUGGCUGGAACUCCAUCUUGGAAAGCGUGGUGAACGGCGUGCCGCUGGUGGCUUGGCCUCUGUACGCAGAACAGAGGAUGAACGCGGUGAUGGUGACGCAGGACGUGAAAGUGGCGCUGAGGCCUAAGGCCAGCGAGAGUGGGUUGGUGGAGAGGCACGAGAUCGCCAGAGUGGUGAAGGAUUUGAUGGAAGGCGAAGAAGGCAAGAAGCUUCGUUACAGAAUGAAGGAUCUGAAGGAAGCUGCAGAUAAGACUCUUUCCGGGAAUGGAAGCUCCACUAGGUACAUCGCAGAGCUAGCCACCAUGUGGAAGAACAAAUAAAUGAAACUGUAGAAUUGGUAAAUUAUAUCCACCUAUACUAGUUCUUCAUGGUUAAUUUAGCUCAUCAAGGCCAAACAGGGUCCUAGUAAUCUUUUUAUCAGCAACUUCAAUUACUUUAUGUUGUACAUUAUCACAUCACAUGUGAUGUUAAUUUCUGCUAUACAUAUAUGCCUAAAAAACUUUGAUAUGGCUUUAAGAAUAAGAUCCAUGAUUUUGUGCGUG